AUGAAUUAAGACUCUUAAUUUUAAUAGAGUUAAGAUUUUAAAUGUAAAGAUCAUCCUGAAUAAACUGCACUUUUUUGGUGUAAAUAAAUUGAUUGCAAUGAGAAUCGGAUUUUCUGUCUGAAUUGUCAAAAGUAGAAUAAACAUUUAUAACAUUACGAUGAAGAUGUCCUUAGCAUUCAUGAUUUAAAUUAAUUUUUAAUUGAGAAAUCAAAACAUUCUAUAAAGCUCGUUUAAGAAUGCCAAAUUUAAUUCUAAUCAACAUUUAAAUCAUAUGAGAGGUUUAUGUCUGGUUUAUCAUACAAGUUCUGCGGAUUAGAAGAUAAAAUUAAUUAAUUAAAAACUUAUUAAAAAUAAUAAGCACUUGAUUCUUUACUUAGAUUUGAUGAAUUUAAGAAUCAUUUGAAUACCAACAUUUUAGGAUUUUUGAUCAAAUUCUAAAACAUUUUAGAUGAUCUUUUUACAAAAUUAGAAUUACAUUUGAUUUAAUAUUAGAUCACUGAUUAGUAAAUUAAAAUUAAUAAAGAUGAAUAUUAAAGCGGUUUUAAUUCAUCUUUAGGUUAAGGUAUCUCUUUAAAUAUUGGAAAUUAAUAAAAUGAAGUAAUUAAACUAUUUGAUAAGUUAUUAUUAAAUGAACCUUAUAAUGUAGAAAUUAUGUAUUAAAAAGGUUAGCAAUGAUUAUUAUUUUAAGCAAUUUCAUUAAGUUAAUCGAAUUAUCCAGAACUUGCUAAGUAGAUAUGCAUAGAGAUAAUUUAAAUUAAUCCAAAACAUGAACUCUCUUUAUUGAAAUUGGGUAUUAGAUUACUAUUUAAUUUAGGUGACAUUUUAAAAAAUUAACAGUCUUAUAAGUAGGCUUAGUAAUAUUAUGAAAAAUGUAUUUCAAUAAAUUUAAAUAAUUCAGCAGCAUAAUUUGGAAUAGGUAUUACAUAAUUAUUAUUUUUAGGGGAAUGUUUAAGGGAGACUUAUUAAUUUCAUCAUGCAUUAUAAUACUAUCUAAAAUCUAUUGAAUUAAAUUCCUUUAAUAGUGACUAUUUCUUUUAUUUUGGUAAAUGUCGAUUUAAUAUUUAUUAGGUGAUUGUUUAAGGUCCUUAAUGAGAUAUGAAGAAGCUAUUAAGGCAUAUGAUAAGGUUUUAAUUAAAGAUCCUCAUUAUUCAGAAGCAAUGGCAGGAAAAGGUAACAAAUUAUAUAUUAAAUUAUUAAAGGAAUUUGUUUAUUGUUUUUAAGUGAAAUUGAUGAAGGAUAGAAAUGUAUAAUAAAUUCAUUAUCUAUCAAAAACAAUUCCUAUUUAGGAUUAUAUGGAAAUGGUAAAUUUAAGGAAUUAUGUUAGGAAUGCUCUUAUGUACAAUCCAUCACUAUGAAAAAGCUAUUGAAUAUUUUGAUUAAGCUUUGUCCAUAUAUCCCUACCAUAUGGAUUCAUUUUGUUGGAAAGGUAAUUUGAUUUGGAAUUAAUCAAAGGUGAAUGUCUAAGAUUGUUGAAUAAAUUUGAAUUAGCACAAGUAUGGUAUGACAAAGCUUUGGCCUUAUAUCCAUAACAUUUGAAUUCAUUAUUUGGAAUAGGUAAUUUGAAUUGAAAAUAAUUAAAGCUGAAUGUUUAAGAUUGUUGAAUCAAUUAGUAUUAGCACUAGAAUGGUAUGACAAAGCUUUGGCCUUAAAUCCAUAACAAGUGAGUUCAUUAUCUGGAAAAGGUAAUUUGAAUUGAACUUAGUUAAAGGUGAUUGUCUAAGAGGGUUGAAUCAACUUGACUAAGCACAAGAGUAUUAUGACAAAGUUUUGGCCAUAAACUCAUCACAUACUUAUUCAUUAUAUGGAAAAGGUAAAUUUUAAACUAUUUUUAUGUUAGCCUUUAUUUUAUUAGAAUAAAACUAAUUAGAAACCGCAUAUUCUUUUUUCAAUUAAGCAUAUUAGAUUAAUCCAGAUUAAAAUUUCAAGUAAGCAUUUUUAAGUAAUUCACUCUAUAUAAUCAGGUUAAUAUGUUAAAAAAUCAUAAUAUAGUUGA